UCUCCGGUGGGUUUGUAUUGUUUUUAUGAACGCAGGGAGGAUGAAUGAUCAAAGUGGCAGGACAUCGCUGGAGCGGGCGCGCGGAUGUGCAGACAUCAUACCCAAGAAGCACCGAGCGCAACAAGAUUAUGAAGAUUUGAUAUAUCUGCUGGGAGGCGAAGCGCUGUGGAUACAUAGCGAAAGCCAGGAUUAGUUGCCUUUUCAUUUCAUCUCCUCUGGCCUCGACCAUGAGGUUAGAGCACGGGCGGCGGGCUUCGCUCGCGCUCACCCUCAACUUUGUGGCGUUUGCCUUUGCCUUAUCGGCGGUGACCACCAGCUACUGGUGCGAGGGGACCAGGAAGGUGGCCAAGCCCUUCUGCACGGGGCCUCCGCUCAAGGUGAAGCAGUGGUUCUGCAUCCGCUUCAACAGCUCCAACGUCAACGACACGCGCCUGGUGCAGUACAUCUUCGAGACGGGAGAGGAGAAGUUCCUCCUCCGGAAGUUCCACACGGGCAUAUUCUUCUCCUGCGAACAGGCCGCCGACAUGAACGGCUUUGACUGUCGAGACUUCUCCGAGAUUGCGCCUGAACACGAACGAGGGGUCCUGUGGUUAUGUAUUGUGGCUGAGAGUCUGUACCUCACCCUGCUCUUCACAGGCGGGGCCCUGAUGACCCUGGAGCAGUGUCCCUGCUUCAGUGUCAUGAACAAGCUGAAGCUCAGUGCCUUCGCUGCCUUGUGCACUGCCCUUUCAGGCCUUUGUGGGAUGGUGGCCCACAUGAUGUUCACCACCAUAUUCCAGCUGGCUGUAGCAAUGGGGCCAGAAGAUUGGAGACCCAAGACCUGGGACUACAGCUGGUCCUACGCCCUGGCGUGGGGCUCCUUCGGCACCUGCAUGGCCUCAGCCGUCACGGCGCUCAACAGGUACACAAAGACCAUUGUGGAGUUCAAAUACAAGCGGCGGAACAUCGAGAAGAGCCUGCUGAUCAAGCAGAAGAUGAUGGAGCUGGAGCGUCCCGAGCAGAUGUUGGACAUGUACCUGACAGCUGUGCCCGGCGACGCCGAGGCGCCGUUAGAACUGCCGGUCAACGGCCACAAACCAUCUACGGGAGCAACGUACGUGGUGGAAAUGGACGGCGCGCCGGAGCCACAGGGGGAGGCCUACUGCUGACUGAUGAGCUCCUCACUCCUGGGGGCUUGGACCCGCUUUGACUUUCGUUAG